GCCGCCGGCCGCCGCGCACCCACCAUGACGCCCAUGCUGCACGCCGCGGCCGGGCGGGCGCGAUGGAGCCGGGCGAGCGCCGCGAAGGGGGCUGCGUGCCUGGUGGCCGCGGCGUACGGGCUCAAAAUCCUCUACCCGCUGGUCCGCAAGCGCCUGAGGCAGGCGGGCCGCAGAGGCGGCGGGCAGCAGGCGGGGGGCGGCCCCGAGGCUCUGCCGCGCCGCGCCGCCGCCCGCGGCAGAGCCCCGCCGGCGCUGAACGCCGACUUCUUCAGGCAGCUGCUGGCGCUUCGCAAGCUCUUCUUCCCGAAGCUGGCGAGCGCCGAGCUGGGCUGGCUCUGCCUCCACUCCGUUGCUCUCAUCUCCAGGACCUUCCUCUCCAUCUACGUGGCUGCGCUCGAUGGGAAGAUCGUGAAGACCAUCGUGGAGAAAAAGCCCAGGAGCUUUUUCCUCCAGUUAACUAGAUGGCUCAUGAUUGCCAUCCCGGCCACCUUCGUCAACAGCGCCAUUCGGUACCUGGAGGGCAAGCUGGCCCUCGCCUUCCGCACGCGCCUGGUGGAUCAUGCCUAUGAGACCUAUUUUGCCAACCAGACUUACUACAGGGUGAUCAACAUGGACGGGCGGCUGGCCAACCCGGACCAGUCCCUCACCGAGGACAUCAUGAUGUUCUCGCAGUCCGUGGCGCAUCUCUACUCCAACCUCACCAAGCCCAUCCUGGACGUCGUGCUCACCUCCUACACGCUCAUCCGCACGGCGCGCUCCCGGGGCGCCAGCCCCAUCGGGCCCACCGUCCUGGCCGGCCUCGUCGUCUACGCCACGGCCCUCGUGCUCAAAGCCUGCUCGCCCAAGUUUGGCAAGCUGGUGGCCGAGGAGGCGCACAAGAAGGGCUACCUGCGCUUCAUGCACUCGCGCAUCAUUGCCAACGUGGAGGAGAUCGCCUUCUACCGUGGGCACAAGGUAGAAAUGAAGCAGCUACAAAAAAGCUACAAGUCUUUGGCAGACCAAAUGAAUCUCAUUUUGUCUAAACGUUUAUGGUACAUCAUGAUAGAGCAGUUCCUGAUGAAAUAUGUCUGGAGUUGCUGUGGUUUGAUUAUGGUCGCUGUGCCCAUCAUCACUGCAACAGGAUUUGCAGAUGGCGAGUUAGAAGAUGGCCAGAAACAAGCAAUGGUUAGUGAUCGAACGGAAGCUUUUACUACAUCACGAAACCUACUAAUUUCUGGAGCAGAUGCUAUUGAAAGAAUUAUGUCGUCAUACAAAGAGGUUACAGAGCUAGCAGGCUAUACAGCCCGUGUCUACAACAUGUUUUUGGUCUUUGAUGAAGUGAAAAGAGGCAUUUACAAAAGAGCUGCUGUUAUUCAAGAGUCCAAAAGCAACAGCAAGAAUGAAGAUAAAGUAGAAUUACACAUCGAUGGGCCCUUAGAAAUCCAGGGGAGAGUUAUUGAUGUUGAUCAUGGAAUUGUAUGUGAAAAUGUUCCUAUUAUUACUCCGAAUGGCGAUGUGGUGGUUUCCAGACUGAACUUCAAAGUCCAGGAGGGGAUGCAUCUUUUGAUCACUGGGCCCAAUGGCUGUGGAAAGAGUUCCCUUUUCAGAAUUUUAAGUGGUCUGUGGCCUGUAUAUGAAGGAGUUCUCUACAAACCCCCUCCACAGCACAUGUUUUAUAUACCACAGAGGCCCUACAUGUCCAUUGGAACGCUACGUGAUCAAGUCAUCUAUCCAGACUCAGUGGAUGAUAUGCAUGAGAAAGGGUACCAGGACCAGGAUCUGGAGUGUAUCCUGCAAACAGUUCAUCUGUACCACAUUGUUCAAAGAGAAGGAGGCUGGGAUGCCAUCAUGGACUGGAAAGAUGUCUUAUCAGGAGGAGAAAAACAAAGGAUGGGCAUGGCUCGGAUGUUUUACCAUAAGCCGAAGUAUGCAUUGCUGGAUGAAUGCACAAGUGCUGUAAGCAUUGAUGUUGAAGGAAAGAUAUUCCAAGCUGCAAAAGCUGCUGGGAUAUCACUGCUUUCUAUAACACACAGACCUUCUCUUUGGAAGUACCACACUCACUUGCUGCAGUUUGAUGGACAAGGAGGCUGGCGUUUUGAACAGUUGGACACCGCUAUCCGUUUAUCACUGAGUGAGGAAAAACAGAGACUAGAAUCUCAGCUUGCAGGAAUUCCUAAAAUGCAGCAGAGACUGAAUGAACUGUGCAAAAUCUUGGGAGAAGACUCGGUGCUUAAAACAAUGGACAAAGAGGAAUAAAUAAUUUAUGUUUUAUGUUUUUAAAAGUAUUUUUUUAGUUAAAAGCAUUACAAAUUCAGACAUUAUCCUUUGCAUGUGUUGUAAUAGAGGCUUAGAGCAUAGAGAAACACAGCCAGCAAAAAAUAAUGCUCUGAAUGCUACGUAAGACUUUAGCAUUUUAAUAUUAAGGAAGAAAGUGGUAUGAACUGUGAAAAGAAAAUAAGCAAGUGCACAGAAUAGAAGAUUAGUCAUUGCAGCUUAUAUUAAUUCCUAGUGAAAGCCCAAUUCACUGCAAAAGACUACCAGCACAGUUAGAUUUUCUAUGUGAAUAUUUGCUUGAGACUUGGCCCGCAGAAUGUGCUCUUGUACCAGGUCACUGUGUGCGUAUGAUAUGCCUGCUACGCAGAGCAAACCUGGCAUGAAACUCAGGCAUGGAGCACGGCAGAGGCACCAUCUGGGUGAGUAUGCAGAUGCAUGCAAAAAUCUCAUUUGGGUAUAAGAAACAUUCUUUCAGCCCAUGUGAAAUAAAACUCUAGGUCUACUACUGAAUCACAUGCACAACUUCUGCUGCAUUUCUCUGGGAAAUAACCCAACAGGCUGACUAGAAGAUAACUGUCAGAGCAACCAACUGCCCUCACAACCAAGAAGAGGGGAUAGAACAAAAUACACAAUAUACAUCUGCUGUACUUUUUGAUAUUAUGUAUAGCUUCAGAGACUCUUUGCCCUUCAUGAUACAUCAGUUCUUUUGAAUGAUUGUGUAUAUCCCCCAUUUACUAACAUCUGGUGGAUAGAUGGAGCACUGGGCCUGGCAUCAGGAGACUUGGCUUGUGCUUGACUAAGUCAUUCACUUGCUCUGUGGACCUGAUCCUGCCAGUAUCCAUCCCUAACUCAGUUUCUCCAUCUGUAAAAUCACAAUAGUAACACUUGUUUGUUCUGAAGGUGCUUUGUGAUGAAGAGGGCUGUAAGCGAGAAGAAUUUUGGUUUCAAACAAUACACUCAAUUCUCAGGCCUGGCUGUCCUGCCAGUUAAAAUGCUCAGUACUUAUAAAGGGCUGUGAAGAGUUAGAGCAUUUUGUAACCACUAAUUGAUGGCUGCCCGUGUCUUGUUAGAAUGAGUGAACACUGCCCUCCCCGUUUGCAAAUGAGAAAAUGCACUGAAUAGCGGCUUUGCUUUCAGAUGUGCUCAGUGAUUGUGCCAUCUGCUUUUCAACUCAGUAGAAACCUUGUCCCCAGUCAGUCACGAGGUGCUUUAAACUGAAAACUCUAAGACGGUGCUGGCCUUGCUGAAGGCCAAACCCAGUGAGUCAGAAAUAGAGAUGGGAAUAGAUUUAAGAGCUCCCAACUUGCUGUCUCUGACUGCAAGUGCACUGUCUUUCUAGAUGAAAUGCUUAUCACAGCCCAUUACUUUCCUUGGUGGCAGCAUAAGCUGGGAUGGGAGACUGCACUUGAGAGGUGCAGCUAACUCUUCCCCCUCCAUGCUGCUGUGGGUAAAUGAAGGAAGAGAUGUAGCAAUCUUGAAGUUUGUUCAUUCUUUUUUUUUCUUAAAAGAAAGGAGCAUGGCACCUUAGAGGAUCUCCGUCUGGUGAUUGCUGCUUAGUCUGAGCAGGGGCAAAGCAUAAGUGAACUGUCAAGGGAGGAGAAAUCUGUUUGGCUCUUUGUUGAGCUGGAUUCUGAUGCUGCAGGCAGCAUUUCAUAUGAGAGCAGGAUUCCCAUUCAUCUCAGAGUGCUCAACGUAAGCACUAGAGAAAAGACUUUGAAAUGGCAUCUCAUCAUCUUGGCACAGGUGACAUCUUUGUCACUGUCCUUGCUUGACUUCUGCUGUGUGGAGGCCAGCCAUGACAUGGGGAAUGCUUGAGCACUCUCAAAUUAUGCAAACUCUUCCCUCUUCCUGAUGGUUUAACCCACUUUCCCAGUGCUGGUUUGGACAGUGCAGCCUGUCUUAUCUGAACAUGUUGACAUCUUAGCAAUCUGCAGUCCUUCAUGUCCCUUACCACCACUUUGCUAAGUAAAAAAGCCUUUUUGGUGGAAAGACAGUGAUUCACCAAGAGUUUCAAUGGAAGAGUGUAGUAAGUGUGAUUAACUUGAUCUGCAAAAUCCCAGUCUGGUGCCCGAAUCACCCUUUAUCUUCCCCUCAUAGAAUCAUAGAAUUGGUAAGAUUGGAAGGGACCUCUGGAGAUCAUUUAGUCCAACCCCCCUGCUCAAGCAGGGUCACCUAGAGCAUGUUAGACGGGGUUGCAGCAAUAAGGACCCCUCUUGCUGAAGCCCAGGCUUGAACCAGGGACCUUUAGAUCUUCAGUCUAACGCUCUCCCAGCUGAGCUUCAUAGUGUGCUAGACCUGCUACUUUUACAUAUUUCCCGAGGGAACUUGUGGCAGAACUUGGAAUAAGCGUGGUCCCUGCCUUGCUUCCCCAGAGUCUGUGGCUUGAAUGUAACCCUGUACUUGUUUUGGUGACAAGAGUUUGUUCCUCUCAUUAGUUUUCUCUGCAGAGUCCUCUGGGAAAUCUCACUGACACAGAAUGGAAAGCUCCUGGGAACUUUUGAAAGGGAAGAGAAAUUAAGGCUCAGCAUAAUAAGAUGUUGUGAUGUAAAGUGCAGACUGGAGGUCCCUGAUAUUGUGGAUGGCAUGUGCGUGCAUUUUAAUUUGCAAGUGCCUCUGCUUGUCUCUCUCCCUUAAGGCUAGUUUUCUUCCUUCUCAUCUUCAAAGAAAAAUUCAUAAUGGCUAAGGAAAAAAGAUGUCAGCCAAGAAUCUGUUUGCAGUGGACAUAAAUGAGAUGACUAGUAUUUUUAAAGGCUUGUGCAUUUCUGAGUUAUGUUUCUCUAAUAUGGUGAAAAAGCAGGCGUUCAUCAUAUACCUGUGUGACAGGGUAGUAUAGGAAGGACCAGCCCCUUGUCCCAGCUGCAGUGUCUCGUUCUCCUAGCACAAAGCAGUUGCAGUAACACCUUUACAGAGGACUCUCCCAAGGCAGGAGCUCAAGUGGAGGAAGGGGCCUUAUUGUUCCCCACCUCUCCGGUAGGCACGUUACCGUGUGACUGGGAGCUAAACCAAGGUAGUCCAGACGCUGGAUGAGGAGGACACUGAAGAGUGUCGAACAAGUGGCCCAGUUUGACUCCGAGCAUGGGCCUGCACAUUCCUAGACUCCCACCGAAGCGCCUGCAAUGGCACUCAACUUGUUGGGAGCCAUUGUUGGCAGAUGCAGCACCUGGCCUAACAUCUUCUGAGGAAAAACAAAGUUACACUGGAAUCAACAUAAUAGUGUUUUACUUGAAGUUUGGUAUAGAUUUCUUGGAUCCAGCAAUGUUAACAGAUUUACCCCUUCCCAUUUAGUAGUAUGCCAUGAAGUAUCCCUGCUUCUCACUCUUACUUGCAUUCUGGUAGAUGUGAAAAGAAUAUGGGAGCACUGAUAGGAGAAGAAACCUUUCUCUAAGUGGGAUCUUUCUGAGCUAUACUGAGCCAGUUUUAGAAGGAUUUUCUGCACUCAUUCUUUUGAAAGUUAGUUUUGUGGCUCGGAGAGAUGCUGCCCUGGAGAUUUUUUCACGAACUUUGAGUUGCUCCCAGUGCUAACUGAGGCAGAAGUCUCCAGUUCGUAUUUUUGAGUUUUAUCUCUGCGUAGUAGAGGGCAGGAGCCAGUUCCCUUUGUGCUGCUUCAGCCAGCACCAGGAAGGCAAGAGUGGAGGUGCACACUCCCCAGGGAAAGCCUGGAGGACUCCCACACUGGAGCCAGGGCACGGGGAGCCACUCACUGCUGGUGGCAAGGAACAGAGCAGGGCAGGCGCCUUGGUGGAACCCUUUCUUGUGGAGCGAAGGCAGUCACCUAUCAGGCAGUCACCUUCUCAGGAGCUGGGACUGCCCAAGAGGUUGGAGAGGGACUCUUCAGCCUUCCUUCUGCAUCUCCCAUCUGCCUGGAGCUAGCCAGAUCCAGCUCUUUGUCAAAGCAUUUAUGCAUUAAGAGCCAGGUAUUGCCAGGUGCUCAGUGCAUGCAGCCUCCUGCAAACAGCCUUGCACACUGCUGAGCUCGAGGUAGGUUGGACUUGCCUGCACCUACAUCCUAGAGGAGUAAAGAUGCUGAGCAAAAUUCUUAUCAGUUUCAGGCAUGAGGUUUAGGAUAACUUGCAAUAGAAGUAUGAAAGGUCCACAUCAGUUCAAUCAGUUAAUGCUGGAUUAUUUUUUGUAAGAAUGUUCAGAAUGUAAGAAAACAUUUUUUACUCAUUGGAUUUAAAUAAUUUUAACUCAGGAUGAGGAUUUUUUUCUUUACUUAGUUUUGGGAGCAGACUAAUUCCUUUUUCAGAAUUGGCACCCCUCCUUCUGCAGGAGGAGAAAACCCUGACUAUCUUUUAAAGAAGCUUUUUGAAACCAAUAGGAUUUGUAGUUGAGUGAGGAAUGAAGGACUGGGUAUUUAAAGGGAUAUAUGUGGGAAAUUUGCAAUAAAAAUUAUUUUGAAAGCAAUUAAACACAUCUAUUGUCCCCUGCCUAUGUCUGAAUGAUCAUAAUGCAUGUCAAAGUCAAGUUUAUGACCUAUGACCAGAGAUUUCAACCAUAUAUAAACUGAAAUCACCCUAUUCAGCUGUUUAUAAAACUUAAGAGAACCAAACUGCUAAUUAAAUGUGUCUUUGUUUUGGUUAUGUUUGGUAUUAAUGCCUUCUAAGAGCAGACAAUUUAUACAGCAAUAAAUUAUGCUUUACAGUUGUAAUUUAUUCCAACCUCAAAUAAAACACGUUGCAUUUA